GGUGGACAUAGCCAAGGGAUCGUGUGGUGCUUCGUACAAGAGCCUUCCCAACUAUUUACAAAGGCUGGUUGAGGCUAAUCCAGGGACCAUUACCCAGUUACAUACAGAAUACGUGGAAGAGUUGGGGUACCGCUUCAAGUAUAUGUUCGUUGCUUUGGGGGCGUGCGUGAAGGGUUUUCAAUAUAUGCGGAAGGUUGUGGUCGUGGAUGGCACACAUCUGAGAGGGAAGUACGCGGGUUGUCUCUUGACUGCUUCUGCGCAAGAUGGGAACUAUCAGAUCUUUCCCCUAGCUUUUGCUAUAGUCGAUGGGGAAAAUGAUAAGUCGUGGGAGUGGUUUUUUCAUAAGUUAUCGUCGUUCGUGCCUGACAAUGACAGUGUGGUGUUCGUUUCAGACUGACAUGCCUCGAUUUACCAAGGAUUGAGCAAGGUGUAUCCACUCGCUGGGCAUUGUGCCUGCAUCAUCCACCUAAAGAGGAACAUCAAGACUCUUUUUAAAGAGCGACAACUGGGUUACCUCGUCUCUAAGGCAGCCAGAGCUUUUAGGAUGGGAGAGUUUUACACAACCUUGACUGAGAUUAGGUCGAUCAACCAACGGUGUGCUGACUACCUCGUUGACAUAGGUCUCCAGCAUUGGACUAGAUCCCACUUCCCAGGGGACCGCUACAACAUCAUGACGAGUAAUCUGGCCGAUUCUUGGAAUUCAGUGCUUCGGGAUGCAAGGGAAUACCCUGUUAUACCAUUGCUGGAGUUCAUACGAAAGAAGCUGGUUAGCUGGUUCACCUCGAGACGUGAUGCUGUGAAGGACGUGGAUGCGGGUUUGACACCAAAGGUUAACAGUUUACUAGCUGCGAGCUUUGAAAUAUGUGGCGGAUACGAUGUAAGGAAGCUGGAUAACGAUGAGUAUGAGGUCCAGGAUCUGAGAGGAGCAUCGUUCGUAGUCAGUUUGACAGAUAGGUCAUGCUCGUGCUUUGAGUUUCAGAAGCUAAGUAUCUCAUGUUCUCAUGCGAUUGCAGAUGCUUUGAAAGCAAAUGUAAGGGUGGAGGGGCUGGUUGGCGAUGUGUACACUAUCGAAUACCUGAAGGCAGCUUAUGCUGAGCAUGUUUCACCGCCUGUUGAACUGAACACCAGUAAUCAGUUGGCUGAUGAUAUAGCUGCGAUUUCUCUGCAUCCACCAGUUACCCGACGCCCUCCGGGUAGGCCAAGGAAGAAGAGGUUCUUCUCUCGUGGUGAAGUUAAGAUGAAGAAAACACACAGAAGGUACUGUAGCCGGUGCAAGGGGAUUGGGCAUAACCGUGCUACAUGCAAACAAGCAAUAUAAAAAGUACUUGUGAGUCAAAAGGGGGGUUGCUGUAUGAGG